AUGUCUAACCCAUUUGAUUUGCUAGGUAACGACGUCGAGGACGCUACAGUUGUUGUUGCAGCUCCUCCGAAGGAGAUUGUCAAGAAGUCUACUUCUUCAAAGAAGGCGGAUGUGCCACCACCAUCCGCGGACCCAUCUAGGGCUAAAAACAACAAGCCUAAGCCAACUGGUAGCGAAGCAGCUUUCAGAAACAAGCAAACUGGUAGGGCCCAGAACAAGGCGAAGGAUGCGCCAGCGGCCUCUAAGCCACCUAGAGACCCUAAGAAGGCUACCGAUCGUCACUCUAGAACCGGCAAGACCGACUCAGCUAAGAAGAUUAAGCAAGCUUGGGGCGACAACGAUAAGGAGUUGGAAGACGAGGAAGCUGCCGCUGCCCAGGCUGAGGCUGAAUUGGCUGCUGACGCUGCUGAAGAGGAGGAAGCUAGUGCUGUUUCUUUGGAAGCUUAUUUGAAUGAACAGCAUUCUUCUGAAUUGAACAAGACUCCUGUUGUUAAGAGUGUUGAGAAGUUCAGCGAUGCUGAGUUGUUGGUUAAGAAGGAAGAAGUUUUGAUCGAGGCCACUAAGGUCAAAUCCGUCAAAUCUAAGCAAUUGAAGGCUAAGCAAUUCCUAGAAUUUGAUGGUUCUGAAUCGUUCCCUAGUUCAUCCAGAUCCCGUGAUUCCAACAAGGACUCAAGAAGAGGUGGAAGAGGCGGCAAGAGAGGUGGCAAAAGGGAACCUGCUCAGAAACCUGCAGUUGUCAAUGCAAAGUUCCCAGCCUUAGUUUAA